AUGUGCUCUCCUACUGUGCAAUUUCAGUUCAGCAAUUCACUCACCGUUAGAAGGUUUUCGGAUGAACUGAGAAUCAGUCAUAAUGACAAUGCUCUCGAGGUCUCUGAUAACAUUGCUCUCGCUCGCUUUCGGGCUAUAUCAUGGUUCCGGGGCAGCCCACGAGGAGAACCUCCCAUCUGCACAGGUUGUGCCCUCUGGCACUUCGCCACCGGUCCUGGGGUUCAUGACGCCGCCACGGCCGCCCUUUUUCCCUUUCCCUGUCGCUCCACGCCCACCACUGCCGCCUUUCCCGAGGCCGCCACCAACUCCUUUCCCACCCGCACCUGGAUUUACUCCACCGCCACCAUCGAUUCCUUUCCCGGCCCCUCCGUUGUCACCACCAUCGAUUCCUUUCCCGGCCCCACCGUCGUCACCACCAUCGAUUCCUUUCCCGGCCCCUGCUUUGUCACCACCAUCGAUUCCUUCGCCGCCACUAUCAGGAUUUACUCCGCCUCCUUCAUUCUCUUUCCCCGUACCCCCAUCGCCAGUUCUCCCGCCGCCGUCACCAUUUCCCUCGCCACCAUCCCCAGGAUUUAUUAUGCCGCCGCUGACUCCGACUCCACCAUCCUUCCCUUCUCCUCCUCUCCCUCCGACAGCUCCAUUGCCACCAUCUCCUCUCUCCUUAAAUGCCCCUCCUGCUUCAACUCUCCCAAAGAUGUCCCCUUGAUCGAACUAUAGUACUAUACAUCAUACAUUCACAUAGGUAACAUUUCUCGUUCUAGUAUUUCCACCACCUUUUUCUUUUCAAAUAAGGAUUCCUCCUACGUCCAUUGGAUUUGUGGGCGUUCAGGACGUUACAGAACUCUGUCUCUUGUAAUCUGUCCAUGAGAUGGUAGAAUUCCAUCUGUUGAAUGUAUGUUGCAGAGGAAUAAUUGGCCCAUGGUUACAGGGGUUUCGGUUCAUAAUGUAAUAACAAUCCUAAGCAAUUGCGAAGCACUGUCUGUAAAUUUGGUUUGAUGGGACAAUGUUGUGUUUGAUGUGA